UCGGCUCAGGUGGCAAGCGUCUGCCCCUCGACUAACGUCUGCUUCAAGCUCAACAUCCCCGAGCGCACUGCAUCGUCUGGAAGUGGAGACAUCUUCUUUCAAAUAUCCGCGCCCACCAGCUAUGAAUGGGUUGCACUCGGUCAGGGGCAAGCCAUGGCUGGCUCCAACAUGUUCGUCGUGUACACUUCCUCCAGCGGGACCAAUGUAACGCUGUCGCCCCGGACGGCUGUUGGUUUGGAUUCCCAACACCCAAGUCUCAAUGGAAAUGCAAAGGUGGAACUACUUGCGGGCUCGGGCGUGUCCAACGGCAUCAUGACAGCCAAUGUGAAGUGCUCGAAUUGCAACAGCUGGUCCGGCGGCUCCAUGGACUUCAAAGCUGGAAAUGGCAACUGGGUUUAUGGGUACUCGUCAUCUGGCGGCCCAAAAAACUCCGAUGACAAGUCAGCUUCUAUUCGGCAACACAGCGGGAAAGACGCGUUUACCUGGGACUUCGCGAGCGCUAAGGGAGGAAGCAGCGUCAACCCCUUGGCGAAUGCGGCUCCAUCCGGCGGAGGUGGUGCAGCAACAAACUGCAUUCCUCGACCUGCUUCAGCUACGGGAGCUUCCAGCGCCGCGGCAGUCUCCAGUGCUGCGGCCGUUUCCAGUGCUGCCAGCCCUACACAAACAAACGACGAUUCAAACAAUGAAAACGAAAACGACCGGUCUAGGUAUGCUUCUUGGGCCACUGCCAGACCAACUGGUCCUCCUUGGGAGAAGCGACAAGCGACUCUUCCAUUUUGUGACGAGGUCUCCAAUGGCAAUACCAACACUGGUAUCACUCCCAUCGGCUCGGCGCGCGGCGGCGGCGGAAACCAAAAGAUGAUGCUCAUUGCUCAUGGAGUACUGGCAUCUCUCGCUUUCGUGAUCCUAUUCCCCGCUGGUUCCAUCGCUAUCCGCCUUGCUUCCUUCCCCGGUGUCAUCUGGCUUCACGCCGCGUUCCAAAUCUUCGCAUAUCUAGUCUAUAUCGCUGCUUUUGGACUCGGCAUUCACCUGGCGAAGCAAAAGAGUCUGCUCAACAACUACCACCCCGUCAUCGGCAUAUUUGUUCUCGUUCUCAUCUUCUUCCAACCUAUCCUUGGCUUCCUACACCACACGCUCUUCAAGAAGUACGGUCACCGCACUCUUUGGUCCCACGCUCACAUCUGGGUUGGCCGUAUCGCUGUUACACUUGGCAUCGUCAACGGUGGCCUCGGUCUUAAGCUUGCAAAGACAAUGAAUAAUACUACGCAAGGUGGAAUCAUCGCAUAUGGUGUCAUUGCUGGGCUUGUCUGGCUGGUUUGGGUUGCGUCCAUGUUUAUUGGUGAGAGGCGGAGGAAGAGAGCGCUGGCCAAUGCGCCCCCGAAGUACACGGAUUCCCCGCGUCUAGAGUCAGAUAGGUCUGACACCGUUCCGAUGCAGGAGAGUUAUGCGCCGAAGGUGCGAUGA